CAGAGGAACUCAAGGUUUUCUGCGAAAGCCGAAACUGGAGCUGUCGUCUAUGGAUUCUCUGUCUCCAAAGAGGCCCCGCUCUGAAUCUGAAGCCGAAUCUGACGAUAAGGAUCGGAUCAGCUGUUUGCCCGAACAAGUUGUAGACCGUAUAUUAUCUCGAUUGACAUCUAGAGAAGCACAAGCGACUUGUGUUCUUUCCAGGAGAUGGAGGCACUUGUAUACUUCUCUUCUCACCGACCUUGAUUUCGACUGGUUGCACUUAUUGGAGAAGCUGGAAUUAAACCCCGAGUGGGUGGAAAAGCAGAGGGCGAGAUAUGUGGAAUGGGUGGACAAUGUCGUGCAUCGUCAAACUGGAGGAGAGCACUCUUUACGAAGAUUCGCGUUACAGUUUGACCUGAAUAUCUCUUACGAGUCUCGCAUCGAUCGCUGGAUUAGGUUUGCUUUGGCAAAACAAGUUAAAGUGCUUGAACUAUAUUUCAUGCCCGCGUGUUACGGGGAUUUUAAGCCUGAUUGUGACCCUAGUCGCUUGCCAUAUCUGUAG